UCUUGAGAGAGAGAGAGAGAGAGAGAGAAUGGAAGAACAAGUGGAGCUGGUGGGGAGGGCAUUCGUGGAUCAUUACUACCAUCUCUUUGACAACGAUCGUUGUUCUCUCUCUUCACUGUACCAACAAACCUCCAUGCUCACAUUUGAAGGACAAAUGGUCCAUGGGGUUGAAGACAUCUCUCUCAAGCUCAAUCAACUGCCUUUUGGCCAGUGCCAGCAUGAGAUUAGCACCAUUGAUUCGCAGCCGUCCGUCUCCACCGGCGGCGUAAUGGUUUUCGUUAGUGGCAGCCUCCGUUUGACCGGAGAGGAGCACUCACUGAGAUUCAGCCAGAUGUUUCACUUGAUUCCGACGAUGCAAGGAAGCUUUUUCGUGCAGAACGACAUCUUCCGUCUCAAUUACGGCUGAAAUGUACUCGUCAAGGCGCCCGGAGGGCGGUAUCGCAGUGCGAAUUGAACUUCUUAUUGCAUGCUCUUCUUUCUUGAUGAUGAAAUUAAUUGUCAUUUACCCUUCUGUCCAUUCAACAAAAAAGAUUCUCUCUCGGCCUGGUUUCA